AUGGGCAUCAGCAGCAACAACACCAGCAGCAGCAGCAGCGGUAGCAGUAGCAGUAGCAGCGGUAGCAGUAGCAGUAGCAGUAGCAGCCAGGUGAAGCGACAGGGCUAUAGAAUUUGUGCUUUUCCUUUGUGUCUUUGCUCUUUAUUUCUCUCUUUCUCAAACCGACCAAACCAAUUCAUCUCUCUCUCUCUCUCUCUUCUCUCUCUCUCUCUAAAUCUGUCUCUCUCUCUAAAUCUCUCUCUCUCUCUCUUCUCUCUCUCUCUCUCUCUAAAUCUCCAAAUCUCUCUCUCUCUCUCUCUCUCUAAAACUCUCUCUCUCUCCCUCUCUUUCUACCAUGUCAAGCUCCAGGACGUCUGGAGGCCGGGCAUGACCCAACAAAACUCGCGUGACAAUAAGCAUGCGCUCGCCAUCGAGUCCACCAUUGGUGUCCUGAUGACUCUAAAGUCAUUGACAAAAGCGCAUCUGGCAUCAGAACAGCGGCGCAUUCCGAUCAAACCAGUCGCAGUUUCUAACCCCUGCCAGAAUGGUCGGCCAAGUAAACACCGAAACCAAACCGGUGGCUCGCGCGGCUACCAGCAAAGGGAUGGUCGCGGCCCAAGCUUACAAUCUUAUCGCGCAGCGAUUGCUCGGACAUGA